ACCAAGCCGCUUGUGGGCGUGGCCCGCCCCAAAGGGGGCGUGGCUGGACCAGAAGGGGGCGUGGUUGGACCGAAGUGGGGCGUGUCCUGCGCAGCCCCCGCCCGGUGCGGGGGAAGAUGGCGGCGGCGCUGCGGCGGCUGCGGCGGGGCUAUGCCCGCCCCGGAGCGCGGGGGUACUCGCAGGACGCCGAGGGCAGCUGGUUCCGCUCCCUCUUUGUGCACAAGGUGGAUCCCCGCAAGGACGCUCAUUCCAAUCUCCUCUCCAAGAGGGAGACCAGCAACCUCUACAAGAUCCAGUUUCACAACGUGAAGCCGGAGUGCCUGGAUGCCUACAACAGGCUGACAGAGAAGGUGCUGCCCCAGCUGCACUUGGACCCUGACUACCCCUGUGACCUGGUGGGGAACUGGAACACGUGGUAUGGCGAGCAGGACCAGGCGGUGCACCUCUGGCGCUUCUCAGGCGGGUACCCGGCACUCUCGGACUGCAUGAACAAGCUCAAGCAGAACAAGGAGUACCUGGAGUUCCGCAGGGAGAGGAGCCGGAUGCUGCUGUCCCGCAGGAACCAGCUGCUCCUGGAGUUCAGCUUCUGGAACGAGCCCCUGCCCCGGCAGGGACCCAACAUCUACGAGCUGAGGACCUACAAGCUGAAGCCGGGGACCAUGAUCGAAUGGGGCAACAACUGGGCUCGGGCCAUUAAGUACCGUCAGGAGAACCAGGAGGCUGUCGGCGGGUUCUUCUCCCAGAUCGGGGAGCUGUACGUCGUGCACCACCUCUGGGCCUACAGGGACCUGCAGUCCCGGGAGGAGACGAGGAACGCGGCCUGGAGGAAGACGGGCUGGGACGAGAACGUGUAUUACACGGUCCCGCUGGUCCGGACCAUGGAAUCGCGGAUAAUGAUUCCCAUGAAGAUCUCCCCUCUGCAGUGAGGGGGGGUCUGCCCGCACCCUGAGGGGCUCCCUCCCUGCCUGCACCCGGCCUCUGCGCCCCCCCACCCCAUUUUAGGGUGCCCUAGGAUUGGGGGGGGAUGGAUGCAGCCAUGGAGGGGAAGGGGGGAGCCCCCCAUCCUGCAGCGGGUCCCCAUGUGGGGCAGGGGCUGGCGCUGCAGAGGGGGUGCAGAGGUUUGGGGGUGUCUUAAUUCCUUCUGAUGGGCCCGGUGGGGGCCGUGUCACCAAUUAAAUAUUUAAUAUGCCAAA